CACGUGAUUGUGGGGCCCAUGUUUGCUGGAAAAACUUCCACUCUUCUCAGGAGGAUUAAGACCGAGAGCAGCAAUGGAAGGCUAUGUGCAGAUAGGGUUGGAAGAGGUGGGUUUGAGCAUGUUCCAUAAGAUGAGAAAAAAUGGUUUGAUACCAGACCACUAUUCCUUUGCAUCAGUCUUUAGGGCUUGUGCUUCUUUAGCAAUCCUGGAACAGGGCAGGCAAGCCCAUGCUUUGUGGAUCAAGUGUCAAAUUAGUGGAAACCUUGUAGUUAAUAGUGCUCUCAUGGAUAUGUAUUUCAAGUGUACUAGUCUCUCUGAAGGGCAUAUUGUAUUUGAGAAGUUUUUAGAUAGAAAUAUUGUUACCUGGUCGGCUUUGAUAUCUGGUUAUGGACAACAUGGAAGAGUGGUAGAGGUUAUAGAAUCCUUUCAUAGGAUGUUAGAUGAAGGUUUUAGACCCAACCAUGUUACAUUUCUUGCAGUUCUUUCUGCUUGUAGCCAUGGAGGAUUGGUGAACAAAGGCUGGGAGUACUUUACCUCAAUGACUAGAGAUUAUGGAAUUCAGCCAAAGGGAAAACAUUAUGCAGCUAUGGUUGAUCUGUUAGGGCGUGCUGGUAGGUUAGCAGAUGCUUAUGAGUUUGUCGUGAACUCACCUUGUAAGGAUCACCCUGUUGUAUGGGGUGCUUUACUUGGCGCUUGUAAGAAUCAUGGAAAUAUGGACUUGGCAAAGAUUGCGGCGAAGAACUUCUUUAAGUUGGAACCUGGAAGUGCUGGAAAGUAUGUUGUAUUAUCAAAUGCUUAUGCUUCUUUUGGUUUGUGGGAUAAUGUAGCUGAGAUUAGGAGUGCGAUGAAUGAAUCUGGGAUGAGGAAGGAGCCUGGUUAUAGCAUGAUUGAAAUUCAAAGGGAGGCUCACUUUUUCUUUAUGGAGCAUAAUAGUCAUGAGAAAACGGAGGAGUUACAUCAGUUAAUUGAAGAUCUGACUUGUGUCCUAAAAGAUAUGGGGUAUGCUCCUGAUGUAAGUAAAUAGUAGACAGGAUUAAAGUUUGAGCUAUUCAGUUGUCUAUGCAGCUAAUGCUAUGGUUGGAUCUGCUUUUUAGGAGGGGAGAACUUCUGAAAGCUUUAAAUUCUUGGACUGUACUUCUUCCUCAGUGUCAUGCAUGCUAUUCUUUUGUAAUUAGAGAAGGAGAUAAACAUUUCUAUGGUCAUUAUAUUUCCUCUAAUGGUUAGGAAAAGGCCUAUAUGUCAAGUCUGUUGGAAAGAUUCAGAGUGACUUUGCGAUUGCAUUAUAUUAAGGACCUUUUGGAGAUUGAUUAAAUAUAUUCAGAUUAUAUGGAGGUGAUGCUGGAAGUUGUUUAGGAGUCAAGCGUCACAGUGGAUGUCUGAACUUUUUUAUGCAGAGGUUUCUGGAUUGAAUGUAUUGGAGUUAAAUAGAAACUGACACUUGAAGUGUUGCAGUUAUAAAAUCUGAUAAGGACACUAGAUAUGCAUUGGAUUUUAUUGUUACACAUGAUGGAGAAAAAUUGCCAUGCUGGCCAUUGGCAAAUCUUUCAUCAUUCAGACAAAAGCUUGGUAGUGAGGCAUAUGAUAAGCUAGACGUUAUUGGUAUAGACGAGGCACAAUUUUUUGAAGACCUUUAUGAUUUCUGCCGUGAAGCUGCUGACCUCGAUGGGAAGACUGUGAUUGUUGCUGGAUUGGAUGGUGACUAUCUAAGGAGAAGUUUUGGGUCUGUGCUUCAAGUUAUACCCCUGCGGACUCUGUAACCAAGUUAAAUGCUCGGUGUGAGCUUUGUGGUAGACAAGCUUUCUUUACAUUGAGAAAGACAGAGGAGACUGAAACAGAACUAAUCGCUGGGGCUGAAGUGUACAUCGCCCGUGUGUCGAAAACACUAUGUGAGCGGACAAGUGGUCAAAGAAGCUGCAAAGACAGCGUUAGAAUCUCAAAGGGUUCAAUGUGGUGCAGUUGUGUACAACAUAGUAGGAAAUCUGGCUUCUCAUAUCUCAGGCCAGAAAUUUGGCAUUUGCUCCCUAGAUGUCUGAGGCCAGAAAUUGUGGAACUGGUAUAUCCUUGUCUGAAUAUGUCAAAGCUCAGUGGUCUUACAAAGCAAUAGCUAGAUUUAAAUAGGUGAUUUUUACUCCUCAGAUGUCCCUAUUUUUAGAAGGACAUGUACCUUGUCCAAGUUACUGAUGAAUUGUAUUAAUGCAUGAUUUUUGCCCUCU